AUGUCCAGUACACUACCAACAGACCCCUCAGAGCUCAUCAAACAUUUCCAAGAGCUCUCCAAAACCCUCGACGACCAAUACGACACCACCCACGACCUCACAGACCUACACGAAUCACUAGCAGCCCUCCAAUCGGCACUCUCCGCCCUCCCCCCCGACGACACUGACGAUGCCCGCCGCGCCGACCUCGUCGGAGGCCUCUACAAGGGUCUAAAUAGAUGCUACAAGCACACCGGCGCAAUCGAAUACCUUGAUGGUGCCACCCAGUAUGCCAAAGAGGCCAUCGAGCUAACGCAAGACACCCCAACGCAGGUACAGCAUCUGGCCAACACGGCAGUAUUUAUGAGCAUGAAGCACGUAAGGACGGGCCUGCUGGCGGAUAUCGAGGAGGCGAUAACGUACUGCGAGAUUGCGCUCGCCGUCAUGUCGGAGCUCGAGGGGGAGCCGGAUGUCGAGGAGCGGGCGAGCACGUGCUCGAAGGCGUGUGUGUUUUUUGAGCGCAAGUAUAAGCAGACGGCGGACAUUGAGGACUUGCAGAUGGCGGUGCACUACGGGCGGGAGGCGGUCGAGUACUCGGGGAGGGCGAGCGCGCUCCAUAGGAGUGGGAGGGUCAAUAAUCUGGCGAAGCAUCUGUGGGCGAGGUAUCAGCUCUUGGGGGAUAUCGAUGAUCUGAGGAAGGCGGCGGUGUGCUGGGAGGAGGUGACGGAGACGAUGCCGCAGGACGGUCCGGACUGGAGUCAUCUGGUGGCAAAUGUGGUCAACUUUUUGAGAGAGGUGUAUAAGGAGUCGAAAGAUGUGGGCGACUUUAGGAGGAUGGUGGCGUUCUUUAGGAGGCGGGUGGAGGCGACGCCGCGGCUUCAUCCGGGGAGGGGGGAGGCGCUGGUGGGAUUGUGUCGGCUCUUGAUUGACGAUUAUAUGCAGACGGGGGAUUUGAAGGCGGUUGGUGAGGCCAUAAAGCAUGCGAGGGAAGUGCUGGAAUUGACGCCUCCCGGCCACCCAAACCGAGCUGGGGCCUUGACGGAUCUGGCGAGCUACCUGGCAAGGGAGUAUCAAGAUACUGGGGAUCUGGAGACUCUCGACAAUGCUAUUCAUUAUAACGAGGAAGCGGUAGCGCUGAAUGACCCCACUGUCAAUAGAGUCGAUCACCUGUCAAUGAUAUCUCUCAGCCUGGGUUCGAGAUACGAACGCAAGGGCGACCUGGAUGACCUCCGACGGUCGAUACUGUACGCCAAAGAAGGAAUCACAGUGGCACAUCGAUGGGGGGACGAGGAAGUACGAGUCCCGAUUUUUCAUAACCUGGCCAGGCUUCAGUACAUGAUGUUCAAGCGGGCCGCCACGCAAGAGAAUCUCGAGGAAAUGAUAAUAUGCGCCGAAGCAGCGGUGGAACAAACCCCGCCGAUGGAACCUAGAAGCUACAUCCCGCUAUCCAAUCUGGCGGGGUGCCUGGAGGCGAAAUACUACUAUACAAGAGAUCGGGCGGACCUCGUGAGGGCCACAGAGAUUAUGGAAGAGCUUUUGGAGGUGGCGCUGCCGGGAGAUACGACACGGCACAAGUUUAUGUCGAAUCUGGCCGCCUUCCUCACGCAGAAGAAUUUGGGGGAGGAGAAAAGGGAUGAGUUGGAAAUGAAAAAAGCCCUUUACUACGCUGAAGAAGCGCUCUCAGUAGUGCCAAAGGACCACACUGAUCGCGCAGGCUUUUUGGUUAAUUUGGGCUUGAUUCGCACGGAAGUUUUUGAUGGAGCCGAUAAUGAUACUGUACAGCUGUUUAUUGAGGCCUGGGAAUGCCAUCAUUCGGCUCCCUUGGCUCGUAUCAAUGGAGCACGAUACGCCGCUGGGGCUCUCGUCCAAGUUGGUAGAUGGGAAGAAUCAAGCCAGAUGCUCGAGGACGCCAUCCGGAUGCUUCCCAAAGUGAGUACACGGUCGCUCGAGGGGCAAGAUAAGCAGCAAAUGCUAUUGAAAAUAAGCGGGCUCCCCGCAACAGCCGCCUGUGUGGCUCUUCAGGCUGGGAAAUCUGCAUAUCACGCCCUUGGCCUGUUGGAGCUCAGUCGUGGAAUCAUCAUAGGGUCUACCAUCGACUAUCGAGGCGAUAUAUCGGAUCUCAAAGAGAGACACCCCGAGAAAUUCCAGAAAUUGGAAGAUCUUAGAACUGAAAUCGACACCCCGCUGCCAGAUAGUUACGAUAGCCAUACUGCCGACUCCCGCUCGUUUCAAACGGAGGAGGCAUAUCUGCAAGCUCGAAGCCGCGCCUUCAAGAGACGAGAAGAAGCGCUUCAAGAGAUGGAGGAAAUAUUAAAGGAGAUCCGAAAGCUUCCUGGCUGUGAAGGAUUCCAGCUUGCGCCUUCUGAAGAGGAGUUGAAAUCUUGGGCAAAGGAUGGCCCGGUGGUCACUUUUGUCAGCUCCAGCUAUCGGAGCGAUGCAAUCAUCCUCACAAGCUCUUCAAUUACCGCAUUACCGCUUCCAGACCUGAAUUUUGAUGAUAUUCAAGAUCGACUAAGCGUCAUCUUUGAAACCCCAGCAAAGAAGUCGAAGAAGAAGAAAUCGCCUGCAGCUGAAAUGCGUGAGUAUGCCGAACGCAAUCAGAAGAUGCGGGAAAUGCUCCUGUGGCUGUGGAAUGCUGCUGUGAAGCCUGUUCUCCAGCAUCUAGAGAUCAUAGACGAGCAUGGUAACUCUAAAGUUGACAAGCCGCCUCACGUCUGGUGGAUUGGUACUGGCAGGCUGAACAUAGCGCCAUUCCAUGCAGCUGGAGACCACUCCCGAGGCUCGACUGAGAAUGCGUUAAGCCAUGUAAUCUCUUCAUACACGCCGACUAUAAAGGCGCUUUCAUACGCCCGGGGGAAGAAGCUCAGCAUAUUCAGCAAGCCGGACCCCCGCCUCCUUCUCGUCAGCAUGACCAAAACACCCGGCGGAGGUGCCCUUCCGGACGUCGGAAAGGAGGUCGAAGGCAUCAUGGACAUCACAAAGGGCCUAGUCUCCAAGCAUCUAGAGCACCCCAGCGCCGACGACGUGCUCAAGCAAUUCGGCUCCUUCGAGGUAAUGCACUUUGCCUGCCACGGCGUGUCCAACGCCUACGACCCCUCGGAGAGCCACCUCAUGCUCCAAAAGGACAGCAACACAGCCGACAGCCUCACCGUGGCCGCCAUCUCGCGCAAGAACGCAAAGACGGCGCAGAUUGCGUAUCUCUCGGCAUGCUCGACCGCGAACAAUGCGGCGACGCAGCUGGCCGACGAGAUUAUACAUAUUGCGAGCGGGUUUCAGCUGGCGGGGUUUAACCAUGUGCUGGCGACGAUGUGGCCGGCCGAGUCGGCGGUGUGUACGGAGAUUGCGGUGGCCUUUUAUAAGGCCCUGUUUGAUGGGAAGGGGAGUGAGGAGGGGCAUUUGAAGGUUAGUAGGGCGCUGAGGGAUGCGGUGCUGGAGGCGAGGGGGAAGAAUCCGUUGUUGCCGAGGAAGUGGGCGCCGUUUAUACAUUUGGGGGCUUGA